AUGCUGGCCGGUUGGCUGCUUGCCGCCCUACUGCCGCUUUGGCAUGGGGCCAAGUGCGAGGAUGACCCAGCAACACGGAUAUCCGAUGUGCAACUCUCGUGCGCUGAUGGCUGGGAGCGCAGCGGAGAGAAAUGCUUGAAAUUGAUGCACACCACCAAGUCGUGGCCUCAGGCGAUGGCUACUUGUGAUAGGUACGGCGCCCAGCUCGCCCGGAUCGAGACCCCCGGAGAAAACGACUUCGUUGCCCGGAUUAUCAAGCGGCCCGGUAGGGCGCAGCUUGCCGCAGGACAGUACUGGAUUGGACUAAGUUGCGAGGAACAAGCUGGAGACGUUGUCUUCCGAUGGGCUGACGGCGUACCUGUCUCGCGGUACACCGGCUUCUGGGCUAGAGAUCAGCCGGAUCCGGCUAGCGGCUCGUGCACAAUUGCUGAAGUCCAAAAAGCCAGCCUGCAAUGGAAGUUGGACCAGUGCAACCUGUUGCUGCCAUUCAUUUGUGAGCGGCCUGCCUGUGUUAAAGGAGCUUUCUUUUGCCUAAAUGGUGGUUGCGUCCCGGAAGGCCGCCACUGCAAUGGCAUCGACGACUGCGGCGACCUGAGCGACGAGUUGAACUGUCCAGCCUCCCGCUCCGACCUGGCCUGCCUCCAAUACGAGAAGGGCGAGAGCGGCAAGUUCGCCACGCCCAACUAUCCUUCGAGCUACAAAGGAAAUACGGCCUGCCGCUGGGUGAUCGAAGGACCGAUUAACACGAGGAUUCAUCUUGAAUUCGAAUACUUCGAGACUGAGGAAAACGAAGACGUGGUGACAGUACUUGAUGGUGGCCCGUCAGAAAAUGCCUCUGUUGUUUUGGCCUCCCUCUCAGGCACCAAAUCCCCGGAAGGCCUCGAAUUUUUGUCCUCCUCCAACAUUGUUAUCGUGCGUUUCCGGUCCGACGCCCUCGGGCAAGCGCGAGGUUUUCAAGCCGUUUGGCGGGCAGUACCUUUCCAAUGCGGAGGCGAGCUGACUGCACAGCCGUACGGCCAGAGCCUGACGAGCCCCGAUUUCCCCAACGGCUACCCGAAUGACGUGGAAUGCGUCUGGAAAGUAGACGCUCUUGCUGGGAACCUGAUUACGUUGACGCUCGACGAGAUCGCGCUCGGCGAGAACGAUUUCGUGAUCAUCUACGAUGGGGCGACGCCUGGAGCGCCGAUUUUGGCACGACUAUCUGGAGGCGAAAAUCAUACUGUGGAACAUAUUAUCUCUACCACCAACCAACUGUACAUCUACUUCUUCUCCGACACGACCAAGUCGAAGGCCCGAGGGUUUACCAUCGGAUAUAAGCGAGGUUGCGACGUCACCGUCCGUCAAGCGGCGGGUCAUUUGGUGUCUCCCGGAAAUACCCGAAUACCCUACCCUGGCCCGAUCACCUGCACCUACACCAUCGAGGUCCCGGAUGCGAGAGGAGACCAAUCCCUCUCCUUCUCUGCCAAUCGCUUUGAUUUGGCUGUUGAUGACUUUUUGAAGAUCUACGAGGGUUCCACAACUGGUCGUGCCCUUCAUGAGGGAGACGGCUUUUCCGCUCAACAACGCCCGCCCAAGCACCUCUUUGCUCGCCAGGGUCGUGCUCAACUGGUCUUUGAGAGCAACGCCAUCAGGAGUGCCAGCGGGUUCAAUCUGACGUUUUCGACGAUUACUGUAGCUUGCCCACGAGGCUUUGAGUUUGUCAACGGGCAUGGUCGACAAUACACCAUCAACUGCGAGCUGGGCGGAAAAUGGUCAGAUGCGACAAUUCCGGAUUGUCAACCCCAAUACUGCGCUCCGGUUCCCCAGAUCGCCAACGGGUUCGCCGUCUCGGCCACCAACGUCUCCUACCAGGGUCGUGCUCGGUAUUCAUGCUACGACGGAUUCCGCUUCGCUUCCGGACGGGAUUCUGAAGAAAUCCUCUGCGGCGAAGACGGGCACUGGACCCCGCCUCCGCAGUGCAAAGCAUCCAGUUGCCCUGCGCUGACUCCAUUCCAAAAUGGCGACCGUAUGCUGGAGUUUGGAGAUGGUACCGGAUAUGGAACCGUCUUCAGAUUUGAGUGCUCUCCUGGAUUCCGUCGCAUUGGUGCUUCAACCCUGCUCUGCCAAACCGAUGGCACCUGGAGCUUCGCCCAGCCGACCUGUAGACGCCUGACCUGCAUGAACAUCCCGAAAAUCGCCCACGGCGGCAUCGUCGCCGGGGACAAGUUCUCUUUUGGAGAUACAGCUCGUGUGGAGUGUGAUCUUGGAUAUCGAAGCGAUGGACCGGAAGAAGUCAAAUGCCUGGCCAACCAGACGUUCUCUACCGUGCCGAAAUGCGUCGACAUCGACGAGUGCACCGAGAAACAGGCGUUGUGCUCAGAAGCUUCUACCGUCUGCCGAAACUUGCCGGGAGGGUACUACUGCGAGUGCCGAGCCGGAUUCACUAGUCAGAAGAGCUGUUCCAACGCUUCCCCACUUCCGGUCGUACACGCAACGGCUACUUCCGAGAAUUUCCUGUACCCAACGGCUACGUUGUCUCGAGGUGGCUGGUGCGAAGAGGAGAACGAUCCGGUUAAGGCCGUCACCAUCGACCUCGGCACGCCAAAGACGUUGGAAAGACUCCACAUCGAGAAAACUGCCGACGGCUACCCGACCCGCAUCUCGAUCCGAUUCGCCAAAAACGCUUCGCAACCACUUGUACAGUACGCAAUUGGCCAGGAAACGGUCUUCGCCCUGCGCGCAGUAGCGAUGUCGGGUGGAGAGUUGUUCUCCCUACCCCAACCCGUCGAGGCCCAGAUCGUCGAAGUGAGACUCGUCGAGACGAAGGGUGUGGCCUGUGCUCAGAUCGCCGUCCUUGGAUGCCAAAAGAGCACCUGCGUCGACAUCAACGAGUGCGAGGAGGACAACGGGCACUGUGAUCAUCUUUGCGUGAACCAUAUGGGCGGCUACGAGUGCGCAUGCAAAGACGGCUACGACCUUUUUACUGCCGAUGGUCAGGGCGGGCGCGUCGUCAAGGAGGGCGAGACCGGCUAUAGCAAUUUGGACGUAUACAGAUUCAACAAGACGUGCGUCCCGAAAAUCUGCCCCACCGUCACCUCCCCAAUGAACGGCAAGCUGCUCGCCACCGGCAAGGCGUUCGCUUACCCGAUGACCGUCAAGUUCCAGUGCAAUUUUGGAUAUCAGAUGAUGGGCGCCGAGUUCAUUCAAUGCCUGGCUGACGGAACUUGGAAUGGCACAACACCCUUCUGUAUUCCGGCCACUUGCCAAGGAGUUCACAACAUUACGAAUAUCGGCCUUUACGUCUUCCCGGACAACGACACGAUCGCGUACGGGCAGAACGUGUCGAUCAUGUGCACGCAGCAGAAUCGACCAGCUCGUCCUUCGCCCCUCUUCGGAUUCCGCGAGUGCGUUUUUGAUCCUCAGGUCGAUGGCAGAGACUACUGGUUGAGUGGAGCAGGAGUGGACUGUCCGAUGGUCGACUGCGGCCGCCCACCACAACUCGCUGGAGCUGUCUACGAAGGUGAUUUCGGUGUCUACAAAGUCGGCUCGUCCCUGACGUUCUCGUGUCGUCCUCCGUACUCACUCGUUGGGCGCUCGACGUACGACGAUAGACUCGUCCGGUGUCAUCUCGACGGCUCCUGGGAUCUUGGCAGUCUUCGAUGCGAGGGUCCGGUUUGCGUCGACCCCGGCUACCCUCCGGAUGGCGCUGUAGCUCUGACCUCUGUGGAAGAAGGAGCUGUGGCCAAGUUCAACUGCAACCGCCCGGGCUACAAGCCAUUCCCGUCGGAUUCUAUUAACUGCACCCUGGGAACUCCUUGCACUCUCUCUGAAGACCUCGGCAUCAGCGACGGCUACAUCCCGGAUGGGGCUUUCGCCGACAAUUCGGACACCGUUAACUAUGGCUAUGAGCCGCAUAAGGCUCGGAUGAGCUCGACCGGAUGGUGCGGCCAAAAAGACGCGUUCAUCUUCCUCUCCAUCGAUCUACAAAGGGUGUACACCUUGACGACUUUGCGCCUCGCCGGUGUAGCUGGCCAAGGCCCACUCCGUGGCCAUGUCACCAAAAUGCAGCUCUUCCACAAGAAACAAUACAGCCACAACUACGACACGUAUCCCGUGGAGUUCGAGACGCCGGCCGGGAACCAUAAUGCCAUGCAUCACUUCGAGUUGAGCCCGAGUCUCCAGGCCAGAUAUCUGCUGCUCGGGGUCUCGGAGUAUGAGGGUCACCCAUGUAUGCGAUUCGACGUCCAGGGCUGCUUGGCUCCGGCCUCCAUUCAUGAACUGCCGAUGCAUCUUCAGGUCGGCUGGAACGCUUCCGUCCCUACCUGUAUCGAUGCGGAACCACCGGUUUUCAGCAACUGCCCAGCCAACCCGAUCUACGUUUCGGCUGAUGACAACGGCCAAUUGGAGCCCGUGGCUUUCGAAAUUCCGCGAGCAUCUGACAACUCUGGACGUGUCGCCUGGGUCCGAGUGGAGCCUCAGGGCUUCGAACCUCCCCGCGUCGUCAGCGCUGAUGUUGAUGUGCUCUACACAGCCUUUGAUGAGGCCGGAAAUACUGCCGAGUGUUUGGUGCAGAUCCGGAUUCCGGACACUCUCCCGCCCGUUAUGAAGUGCCCCGACUCGUACGCCCUCUGGGCCCCAGAAGGAUCCAACGUCACGGAAGUCAUCUUCGACGAGAUGAGCGUCCCCAUGGUCAUCCAAGACGUCUCGAACGUCACGUCCGUCUCGUUCAACCCGCCAAAAGCUAACAUCAGGCUCGGCGAGCACUUGACUGUUGAGGUCUCGGCAGUUGAUGCUCUGGGCAACAGCAACAAGUGCCAAUUCCAAGUGGCCUACAUGCCCGAGGUCUGCGCAUCCUGGUCCCUCGCCAGUUCGCCGAACAUCAUCAAGACGUGCGCCGAGCGAGAUGGGGCUACAGUAUGCACAAUCUCUUGCCAUAAAGGAUAUAGAUUUGUCGAUGAAGACAAGAUCGAGAAAGAGUUCGCGUGUUCCGACGGCUCUUGGUCACCAUCUGGAGUCACGCCCGCGUGCGUGCCCGUAGCUGAUGAACCUGCCCGAUAUGAGCUGAGCGUUGGAGUUGACUACCCGGUUGCGACGCCGCCAAGUGCGGAGUGUAUCAAGGGCUACACCACCCUGAUCACCACCUACUUUGACUCCCUCGACGCUGCCUUGUCUCAACGCUGCUCCUCCUCCGUCCAGGUCUACGUCCGCUUCCUCGACGUCAAAUUCCACCAGCAGCCCGGAAACACGCAGGCCAACUACACUAUUCAAAUCCUGCCCUCCGUCCUGCAAGACGUCUUCUACGAUCUCUGCGGACUUACCCUACGCACGAUCUUCGACUUGAGGAUACCAGGAGCAACAGCCCCGAUCAAACAACUGCUAUCCCUUGACGCUGGAGCUACACAAUCCGGACAGUGCCCGACUCUUGUAGCUGCUAAUUCUAUCGUAUCUCAAGGCUUCGGCUGCGCCGACGGUGAGGUACUACGCGCGCCAAAGGACGGUAGUCUGCCAGAGUGCUUACCCUGCCCCGUCGGAAGUGUCAACGUCAACAACAGCUGUGUCAAGUGCCCGAGGGGCUCCUUCCAGGAUGAAAAAGGUCAAGUCGCUUGCAAGGCUUGCCCUGAUGGUCAUUACACACAUUAUUCUGGUUCUCACGCCCUGGAGCAGUGUCUAGCCGUCUGUGGAAAUGGAAUGUACUCCGCUAGUGGUCUGAUCCCUUGCCAGCUGUGCCCGAGGCACACCUAUUCCGGUCCAGCUCCAAUUGAUGGAUACAAGGAAUGCACCCCUUGCGACCCUGGAGCUUAUACGGCUCGCCUUGGCUCAACAGGACCUUCGCAGUGCAAGCAGGCCUGCCAGGCUGGCACCUUCUCGCUGACCGGCUUGGAGCCGUGCUCAAAGUGCCCCCAGAACUACUACCAGCCGAGUCUGGGGCAGCAGAGAUGCGUCGAGUGCGCAAACUCGACAGCCACAUUCUCCGAGGGAGCAGCUUCUGAAGGCAUGUGUGUGGCUAUCGACUGUGGUGCCGUGGAAUGUGAAAAUCGAGGCCUCUGCGCGAUCAAGAACCAUCGUGCUGUAUGCGAGUGCCGCCCUGGAUACUCUGGAUCGAGGUGCGAGGAGACAAGAGAGGUCUGUGCCAGCAAUCCGUGCUUCAACAACGGUGUCUGCGAGGCCGCUUCCGGGACAUACCGAUGUAUUUGCCCGAAACAUUACUCCGGACCUCGCUGUCAGAAGGGCCCAGAAGACUGUGACGGUGUUAGCUGCCCGAACGGCGGCGUCUGUCACAAUCUACCCGGCUAUGGAACCAAGAAGUGUUUGUGCAGAACCGGUUUCGCGGGCACAGACUGCGAGGAGGUCACCGACAUUUGUUCAACUGCUAACCCAUGCCGCAAUGGUGCUGACUGCCAGCCGCUUCAACUUGGCCGUUUCAAAUGCAAAUGUCUCCCCGGCUGGGACGGCCCGACGUGCUCGCACAAUAUUGGUGAGUCUUCAGAAUCUUUUUACGCAUUUUCGACGCUUUAUACACACCAAGAACAG